AUGACCUUGAGUCAAAGAAAAUCAAGGAACUCUGAAAAAUGCCUUGACCUCGACUUAGGAUUCAGGAAAAAUCAAGGUCUGGAUCCAGAUCCAGCUCGCUCUCUACUUAUUUUCAUUUUUAGUUUUAAAAAUUUUUUUAAAGGAAUGUUGCGUAUUUUAUCUUCUCCAUAUCCAAAUAUAUCUACUUGUUUUACUCGACGUUAUGCUUCUUCUGUUGCUUCAAAAAUCAAACAAAAAGAUCACCUUCCAACAAAAUCUACUGAAAAACAUGAAGAGCCUUCUAAAACAUCAAGUAAACGCCCUCCUGUGGUUAAAGAGAAAUAUAUUUCUGUAAAGGAAUUUGCGCUCUCUUAUAUGGAUUUCCUUCCUUCACAAGUUUGGACUCGCCGUGAUCCUUUGUUUCAAAAACUUGUUCAUGCGGACAUGUUGGAAAGAAGAUUGAGGAUUGAUAUUCCUGAGUUUUAUGUUGGUUCAAUUAUGGCUGUGACAAUGUCUGACCCAAACUUACAGCAACGCCAAAACAGAUUUGUGGGUAUUUGCAUUCGUCGAGAAAAGGAAGGUCUUCACCACAAUUUUACUUUGCGCAACGUGAUUGACGGAUUAGGUGUUGAAGUAAUGUUCGAAAUUUACAAUCCGACAAUUCUUAAAAUUGAGACGCUUUUGUUAGAGAAACGUUUGGAUGAGGACCUCACUUACCUUGUUGACGCAUUGCCAGAGUACAGCACUUUUAGCUUUAAUAUGGAAUCAACUAGUCAUCCUGUUGGAAAGCCUGUUCCUGUGAAUCCGUUGAAGGUAAAACUCAAACCACCACCUUGGUUAAGGCCCUGGUUCAUAUACGAAGUCAACGGUAUCGAAGAUUCCUUUACUGGCUCAACACCCUGGUUCAAAAGAAAAUUUCUUCAGCACGCAGAUUUGAUGUGUUUAAAGCGUUUUGAUAUAAUUAAACAUUACAGACAAUUUGCACAAGAAUUAGAAAGUGAUUUGGCUGUCCAAAAAAGAAUUUUAGAAUUUGAAGAAGGAAAAAGAAAAAUUGUUGGGGAAGAAGGAAAGGAAGUGAGAAGGAAGCCAAUAUUAAAAUCAAUGUCUGGAAAUUUGAAAGAAAUUUAUUUAAAUAUUGCUUCAAAAUAG